AUGGUUCUACUAAGCCUUUUCCUACAAAUCGUCCUAAUCAUCUUUAGCAACCGACGAAAGUACACAGUCACACCCUGGAUCAGAAUCCUGAUUUGGUCGGCCUACUUGUCCGCAGACUGGGUGGCGACAGUAUCCCUCGGUACCCUCUCAAACAGCCAAGGAGAUUCGGAAGGGAAACUUCUGGAUCCAAACUAUACCCUCAUGGCAUUUUGGGCGCCAUUCCUUCUCUUGCACCUUGGUGGUCCGGACACAAUCACGGCUUACUCCUUAGAAGAUAAUGAGUUGUGGUUAAGGCACUUGCUUGGACUAGUUGUCCAAGUUGGAGUGGCUUUCUACGUGUUUCUGAGGUCAUGGGCAGGAACUCCACUCACAUUUCUAUCCAUUCCAAUGUUUGUGGCUGGAAUUAUCAAGUAUGGAGAGAGGACUUGCGUUCUGAGGUCUGCAAGCAAGAAUCACUUUAGAGAUUCUUUGCUUCCAGUUCCUGAUCCUGGACCUGAUUAUGCUUAUUUGGUGAUGAAAAAUGGUUCAUGGGAAGGGAAAAGGGAGAGUAAAAAGCCACUUCAAUCUACCGCUGGUGAUGACAUUACUAUACCGGGUGGAAAAUAUAUUGAUAAAGCUUACUUCUUAUUCGAGAACCAAUUCAAGCAUCUAUAUGCAGACCUCAUCCUCAGCUUGGAUGACCAAAAAACCAGUGAGCGCUUCAUCAAGGAAUUGUCAUUCGAAGAUGCCUUCAAAGUGGUAGAGAUGGAGCUUAGUUUUAUGUAUGAUGUGCUCUACACCAAGGCAACACUGGUUUAUUCUCUACUAGGCAUUCUUCUCCGCAUUGCCAGCUUCUUGUCCACUAUUUCUACCUUAGCGGCCUUCUGCUUCUUCAUCGAUAGGCAUGAGUUCUCAAACAUUGACAUCAACAUUACUUACUUAUUACUCUUUGGAGCUAUUUUUCUUGAGGUUUAUGCUCUCAUUAAGCUGAUUUUGUCGGACUGGAGCAUCGUCUGGUUGAGCAGCAAGAAGAACCCCCUGGCUGAUUCCAUUUAUCGAGCCAUUACCUUUUUUAGAUCAGUUCUAACUAGUGACAUUAGAUGGUCUAGACGCAUGGCACAGAACAAUUUAAUUGAUUCUUGCCUCGGAGACAAAACCAAGUUUAAUCAGGUUCCCAGGUUCUUUGACAUGAACAAAUUCUUAGAGAAGUACUGGUACAUGACUUGGGAGAUGGUGGAUGACAUGAAGGAACCCAUCUUCUCCUGGCUCCUAGAGGUGACAAGUAUUGUCGGGGAUCGCAGGCAGCUACUCAAACACAGAGGUGAUUAUGUGAUUACAAAAAAGAGGGGGGUUAUUAAUAGAGCACUUGAUUGGAGUAUAGUUGAUGUGGAAUUUGAUCACAGCAUCCUCGUCUGGCAUAUCGCUACAGAUCUCUGUUAUCCUUGUGAUGUCGACAAAUCCCCAGAUACCAAUCUCAAGUCAUGGUGCAAACUAAGCAAAUGCUUGUCUGAGUACAUGUUGUAUCUGUUAGUUAUGUGUCCAUUUAUGCUGCCAAAAGGGAUAGGGGAGUUUCGGUUCCGAGACACUUGUUCAGAGGCUAAAAGAUUCUUCCAGCAAAGAAGGGAGUCCAUAUCUAAUAGAAAUGAAGCUUGCAGAUUGUUGCUUCAAGUUGACACGGAAGCUGAGCCGAUAAAAGUGAAAGGAGAUAAAAGCAAGUCGAGGCAUGUAGGCUUGCCAAAGCGUUGA